AUGGCGCAGGUGAGCAUCGUGACGGCGGCGAGGAGGGAGCUGGCGGCCGACGCGCUGAACCCUGACGCCAGGGAUUUCCUCCCGUGGUGGCGCCUUGGGGGCAGCAGGAAGCAGCUCUCGGUCGACGCUCCAGAGUUCAUCCCGACCACCUGGGGGAAAGCGGCGGCGGCUGCCGCCGCCCGCGGUGUGGUGAUAGCCCGCCCAAACAAAGCCGGCACGGGGAGAGCAGCGAGGAGACCUGCAAACAAUAGUCGGCAAGAUGCAUACACACCGAGGAAUGCAUUUUUCAAGUCUCACAGGUCUCAGUGGGAUGAAACUGUGAAAAGAACAAUCUUUGUCAAAUAUAUUGAUCACAUUGUCACUGAGGAAACGCUGGCUGGUAUAUUUCGGUUGUUUGGGACUGUGGUGGAUUGCCGCAUUUGUGGACACCCCGCUUCUGGUGAUGGUCUCAGGUUUGGAUUUGUAGAGCUUCAACAUGAGGAUGAAGCACUUGCUUCGUUAGAUCUUGAUGGAACCAUUAUUGGCAUAAACUCUGUGAGCGUUUCACGCUCAAGGACUGCAAUCUGCCCUAUUAACCCCAAGUUCCUUCCUCAGUCUGAAGCUGAGUGGGAGACCUGCUUGAGGACUAUAUAUUGCACCAAUAUCAGCAAAAUUGUCACAAGUAGUAAUCUGAAAGCUUUUUGUGAGGCAUAUUUUGGCAAGGUUUGCCGCCUUAAGCUUCUGGAUAAUGAAGAUCGCUCCACAAAUAUAGCUUUUAUUGAGUUUGCUGAGGUUGAUGGUGCUAUUGCUGCUCUUAUGUCCGGCGGCAUUUACGUGGAUGGCAUUCCUAUCAGGAUGUGCCCAUCCAAGAGCCCGAUAAGGACCUAUUGCUUUGGGAGCCCAACUGCGCUGGAAGGUUCAUUGGUGGAUACUAGCUAG